ACGGGAUACAGUUAACUUGACUAGAUGCGAGUGCGGGAACUAGUGGGAGGCAAUUGUUUAUCAACAUGCAUACAGCUCAAUGUGCGUAUGUACCCGAGACAGCAUUCGGUUGUGUGUACUGGAAUAUUUCGACCCAUUGGUAUUUGAGGCAGCAUUCUCCUUUUUUCUUUCUUUUUUCUUUUUCUUUUUCCUGUAUCGGUUUCCCUCAGUCCCUAACACGACUUUACACAACCGGCUUCUUUUCAUUCCUUUCAAAAACUCCCAUUCGCUCAUUUCACUAAACUUAACCCAUUCUAACCAUUCCUCAUGCGCGAAGUCAUCUCUCUCCACGUCGGUCAGGCCGGUAUCCAGAUCGGUAACGCCUGCUGGGAACUCUACUGUCUUGAGCACGGCAUCGAGCCCGAUGGCAACGUCGCAUCUGACAAGAAGGCUUCUCAGUUUGACGCGUCGUCCAGCACUUUUUUUUCAGAGACCGGUGCUGGCAAGCAUGUCCCCCGAGCUAUCUUUGUUGAUCUUGAAGAAACUGUCGUUGAUGAGGUCCGCACUGGCACCUACCGCAAGCUCUUCCACCCUGAGCAGAUGAUCAGUGGCAAGGAAGAUGCUGCCAAUAAUUACGCUCGUGGUCACUACACCAUCGGCAAGGAGCUUGUUGAUUCUGUCCUUGACCGUGUCCGCAAACUUGCUGAUGCCUGCACUGGUCUUCAGGGCUUUUUGGUCUUUCAUUCAUUUGGUGGUGGCACGGGGUCAGGCUUUGGCGCCUUAUUGCUCGAGCGUCUAUCCGUAGAUUAUGGUAAAAAGUCUAAGCUCGAGUUUGCAGUUUACCCUGCUCCUGAAAUGGCCACUUCCGUGGUUGAACCUUACAAUUCAAUCUUAACUACCCACACCACGCUUGAACAUACCGACUGUGCCUUCAUGGUUGACAACGAGGCCAUCUAUGAUAUUUGCAAGCGCAACUUGGAUGUCUCGCGUCCAACCUAUACCCAUUUGAACCGCAUGAUUGCACAGGUUGUCUCAUCCAUCACCGCUUCGUUGCGCUUUGUUGGCUCUCUUAACGUUGACUUGACCGAGUUCCAGACCAAUUUGGUACCUUACCCUCGUAUUCACUUCCCCUUGGUCACCUAUGCUCCUAUCCUCUCGGCGAAGAAGGCGUACCACGAGCAGCUCUCUGUCAAUGAGAUUACUACUGCUUGCUUUGACAUCCAGAACCAGAUGGUCAAGUGUGAUCCACGCCAGGGCAAAUACAUGGCUUGCUGCCUUCUCUACCGUGGAGAUGUUAUCCCUAAGGAUGUUAGCGCCGCUAUUGCGAUUGUCAAGACUAAGAAGACAAUCCAAUUUGUCGAUUGGUGUCCUACUGGGUUCAAGGUAGGAAUUAAUGACCAACCUCCUACUGUUUUCCCCGGUGGAGAAGUCGCCAAGGUCCAGCGUGCUGUCUGCAUGCUCUCUAAUACUACUGCUAUUGGCGAGGCAUGGUCUCGCCUUGAUCACAAGUUUGAUUUGAUGUAUGCCAAGCGUGCUUUUGUGCAUUGGUAUGUCGGCGAAGGUAUGGAGGAAGGAGAGUUCUCGGAAGCCCGUGAAGACCUUGCUGCUUUAGAGAAGGAUUAUGAAGAAGUUGCCUACGAGUCCGCUGAUAAUAACGUAGGCGAGGAGCUUAAUGAUGAGUAUUAAGAGUCAUUUCUCACCCAAUUGCAGAGUCAAGCAAGUCUUUUUUUUACAGUCAACGAUACUUAGGCAGCAAAUCAAAACAUAUACAAAUACAUUGCAAAUAGUUUACCUCAU